AGGGUCUCAGGGGGCGGAGCCAGCUGACAGGAAGAUACAUCUGGACAGCUGGACAGAGACACCAGAACCAAGUAGGACAAGAACCAGGUGGAACCAGAACCAGGGGGCGGGGCCUCGGUGACCUCACCUGUCGCUCAGGUAAAAGUUUCUGCGACAACAAAAAGCCUCCAGACGCGGAAGUGACCGUUUGCAGCUGGCUGCGCUGAAACUCGGUUUGGUUCGGAAUAAGUCACGGUUUUGACCUCGGUUCCACUCGGCUCUGCUCGGUUCGGUUCGGAAGGAUCGCUGUGAGGAUGAACGUUCUACCGCUCGGCCUGCUGCUCGGCUCCGGCCUGGUGCUGGUUCUGGCUCUGGAUCCUGGACCGACUCCCUACGUGGUCCCGCUGCUGGACUCAGAACCGCGGCGCAAGGAGACCAGCCACGUCGACUGUCGGCUGCCCAUGAAGGUGGGUCCAUGUCGAGCUUCCUUUCCCAGGUUCUUCUACAACGUGACCACUCAGAGCUGCAGCAGCUUCACCUACGGCGGCUGUGAGUCCAACAGGAACAACUUCCUCACCCUGGAGGAGUGCGAGUCCUCCUGCUCAGGUGUUACAGGCUCGGUUCUUCCUGAAGAUUCCACUGCUGCUCCCAAAGCUGUUCGGAUGGCUCCAUCUAGUCCUCCAGAGUCCUCAUCCCCCCAGCAGACCGAAAUGUCUGCUGAGGAAUAUGCAGAGCACUGUGAGGCGGAGCUUCAGGUGGGUCCCUGCAGGGCGGCGUUCAGACGCUGGUACUACGACCGGGAGGCAGGGAGCUGUCAAUCAUUCACCUACGGAGGAUGCAGAGGAAACAAGAACAACUACGUUGAUGAGGAGAGCUGCAUGGUUACCUGCUCAGUCACGGUCCUGCCGUCCUCUAAGAAAGUGUCAGCUGAUGAUGACGGUGAGGCGUUGGCGACGUAUAAAGGUCACUGCCUGGUGUCUCCGGACCCCGGACCCUGCAGAGCCGCCUUCCCCAUGUUCUACUACAACCCAGACUCCGCCUCCUGUCAGUCUUUCAUCUACGGUGGUUGUCGUGGCAACGAGAACCGGUACGGCUCGGUGGAGGAGUGCAUGGACCGCUGCGGUGGAGACGGUCGCUUUGAUGGUCGAGGAAAAACCAGGAACCGCUGGACUGCAGCCUUUUUCCUCUUCGUCACGCUGACCGUCAUCUCCGCUCUGCUGCUGGCAACCCUCGUCAUCGUCACGCUAAAACGCCGCCGUCUGUUCCGCCGUCCGUCCUCCAUCAGCGAUAAGGAGGAGCUGCUGCCGGAUCAAGAUGAGCUGUCCUCUCUGGACUCCCUGACCGUCCCUGAAAGCCCCAAACCGGAGCAGAAGGCCUGAGGAGCCUCCGGGGGCCUGAGGAGCCGCCGGGGGCCCUGGGUGGGGUUCAUAUUUUAUUAACAGAUCUGAGGUUGAAGAACAACUAAACAGAAUGUCAGUUUCCCCUCAUAGAGCAGCAGAGAAGCACCGGAUCUGUCACUGAUCAAUACCUGUACUGAUCACACUCACUGAUCAAUACCUGUACUGAUCAUCACUCACUGAUCAAUACUUGUACUGAUCAUCACUCACUGAUCAAUACUUGUACUGAUCAAUACCUGUACUGAUCAUCACUCACUGAUCAGUGGUUUUAUUUGAACUAAACUCACAGAACAGUGAGAGCUCAACAUUUAUCUGACUGUUAGCUUAGCUUAGCAUAAACAACAGCUUAGGAACUAAAUCCACUCUCCAGCCUCAUACCCAUCACUCAGAGGUCCCAGACCAACACACUUACCUGUGCAGGUACGAACAGGUGAACACUGCACUCGUCUGUAUGUGAAUGCUGCACCUAUAUAUAUAUAUAUAUACCUGCACAGGUGAGCGCUACACCUGUCCGUACCUGCACAGGUGAGCGCUCCGCCUGUCCGUACCUGCACAGGUGAGCGCUCCGCCUGUCCGUACCUGCACAGGUGAGCUGUGUGUGGUUGGUCGCUGCUGUUCCACUAGCCAGGGACUACAGGAUGUUACUGAUGUUCUGGUCUGCUGCUGUUUUCUGCUGAAGGUUUUUCUGUAAAAUGAAGGUUUGUUUUUUGUUCUUCACUUGGGUGAAUUUAAGAUGUGAUCUGAUCGUUUAUGUAGCUGUGUGACUUUCCUACUUCAGGGGUGAAAUUCAAACGGUGUGUUUUAACUGAAUCUGUUAUUCUGUGUGCAGCUUCUCAGCUCAGUUUGAAGAAGAAACCCGACUUUGGUUCAGAUGCAGACAACAAACUGGAUAAAUUAUGAUAAACAUUUAAAAUAAAUCAAUAAAGUAGAAACAUUACAGUUCCCAUGAUGCACCUUUUGUGGCUCGUUGUCUCCCCCUGCAGGCUGAACUGAUGAACCUGCACUGACCACACAAUCAGAUUUUUACUGCUUUUAAAGGUUUGUUUUACGUGUCUGUUGUGUUAAAAUAAAGUUGUUUUCCUUUAAAAUGUCUGUCAUGUAUUAUAGUGAUCCUGAACUGCUGACAAUCAUCUGAUUAAAUAAAAACAACCCAUAAAACCUGAA